AUGGAUAUCAUAUGGUUGAAAAUAUUGUUGCUAUUAAUUAUGAUAGCAGUUACUUUCAUAGCUGGGAUGCUUCCUCUGUUGAAGUUAUUACGAAAAAGCGCUGCGACAGCGUCGACUUCGGCAAAACGCAGAAAUUUUUCUCUUUUAUUAUGCUUGCUUACCUGCUUUUCCGGGGGUGUUUUUUUUGCAACAUGUUUUUUGCAUCUUUUUCCUGAAUUAAACGAGCAUCUUAAUAACGUAAUUAAUUAUCACAUGGAUGUUUCCUACCCUCUGGCAGAACUCUUGUCCUGUUGUGGCUUUUUUUUACUUUUUUUCGUAGAGGAAAUCUUUUUGCUUGCGUUACCUGGGUUAGCUCACUCACAUGGCUCUUCAAGCACCCACGUCGUAGUCCAUUCAGCAAAAAAAACUUUGUUGAAAACGAAUGGGAAUUCAGCGCAUCGUUUAUCAGCGGUUGGGCACUGCAAAAUUUUGAAACCAAAGAACUGGGACUGGGCGUCUUGCGAAUGUUUUUUCUUACAGGUUUUUAUUUUCAGGAUGUUGGCUUUAGCGGAACCAGAGGCAUGCGAGACUAAUUGUGAAACAGUUAAAGAAGAUCCUCCAAUUUUAAUGAAAAGCCAGCCGCAUGCACAUAGCCACGGCAUUCGUAGUAUCACAUUUGUUCUUGCUAUAUCAUUUCAUUCCAUAAUUGAAGGGCUUGCUUUUGGUGUCCAGACUGAUACUGCAGAAAUUGGUGCAUUAUUUAUUUCGCUGAUGGUUCAUAAAGUUAUUGUUGCUUUUUCUGUCGGACUCCAACUUGCGCGAACUCAUGCUCAUGCACUGAGAUGGGUUGGUUUCAGUAUCCUUCUCUUUGCCGCAAUGUCACCAUUAGGCGCAGUUAUCGGGAUGUUCGUGCAGAAUGCACAUAUCGACUCGGAAGUCAAGGAUUAUCUGAUACUUAUUUUCCAAGGACUUGCCGUUGGCACUUUCAUUUACGUGACAUUUUUUGAAGUGUUGCUGCACGAAAGAGAUAAUGAGCACCCAAAUUUGUUAAAAUUAAUUUGUAUGCUGGUUGGGUUUGCUUUAGUUGGUUUGCUGCGUCUGUUUGAUGAGCAUGAGCAUUCUCAUGACCACGGACAAAAACAUGAACAUCCGCUCUUUACGACUGAAAGUAUUUUCAAAUAA